GGGAAAGGCGGCAGUGGGUGGGGUUCACGGUGGGCCCCUUCCUAUGGCGGCGGGCGGAGAUGUUGAUGGCGGGCACAAUGAAGCCGUUGAUCAUUUUUAUAAAGUCCAAGGUUAUCAACCUUUGUUUACACAAAUCGAGGACGGACUUCAAAUCAUCCAAGGAUUGUUUGUCAAAUUGUGGUCCCACUUUGGAAUAUACUUUGAUUUUUUGGUUUUGACAUUUGGAAUCUUUAAUUUAGGGUUCUUCAUAUUUUGAUGAUUUUAUUUUUCAUGCAAAUCUAAAGUUUUAUUUUGAAAUAUCUGGAAUUUAUGUUGAGGGUGAAGGAAUCUCAUACUAAAAGUAACUGGAAGUAAUUUUUAAGUUGGGAGGAGGGAACUGUUAUCAACUUAGCUCUAUUUUGAUCAUCCUAUUCCUAGGUAGGGUCUAUGUAUUGCUGGUAAACAGCAUCCUCUUUAAAAGAGAAUAAAUCUUUUUCGUGAAUUUGAACACUGAAAUAAUUUUUAUAGUCAUCUACAUAAACACGUAAACAAGAAAUCGAAAAAAAGGACACCAAGUAAAUAAAAGGAAACCCUCGUGUCAGAGAUUGAGGACAAACUAAGCUGUUAGUGUGAUCUGCAAAGCGGAUUUUUCAUGAGGAAGUCAAAAUCCAUAACAGUUAUGUAUUUGUAAAAACAUAACAGCAAAUGUUAAUGAAAUGUUACAUGUUUUAAUCGGAUUGGUACUCUGUUUUCAAUGAAAUGGUACUCUUUUUAACGAAAUGGUACAUGUUUUUAUCGAAAUGGUACUCCGUUUAACGAAAUGGUAUUCUCUUUUUUAAUGAAUGGUACAUGUUAUUGACCAAAUUGCCCCUGUGAUGUGUUUUGAAACAGCUCACAGAAUGCCGCUACGACGCUCCCGAUUUUCCAUUCCUUCCAAGGGCAUAGACCUACAUUAACUGCUAUUUAUAUGGUGAUUUUGAACUGUUGGGCCUGCAUGCUCAUGUGUUGUGCUACAAUAUCUGAAGUUAGAUUAAUGCUUUAUUCAGAGAGCAGUUGAAAGAGAAAGUUAUUGUUUAAGAUCAAAAGUUGUGGUUGAAGUUCUACCAAAAAAAGUUGUGUUCAAGUGGGGUGGAAGUUGGGGAGGAAGUUCACUUUGGUGAGGAAGUCAUGUGGAUAGAACAUCUGAGUAUAAGACCUUUGUUUAUGGUCAAUUUAUUUCUGUAUAUUCCAUUAUUUGAUACUAUGGUGUAAGCUACUGGAAUAUUCCUAGGAAACACCACUUUCAAGAUUCCUCUUCCCCAUCCCCUUUUCUCCCUUUAGUCUACUUUUGUUUUGCAUGUGCAAAGGUAGAUGAUACUUUGAUUUUUCUUGUUUUGAUAGUUAUCUUGUACAUAUUAUUUAGUCCUAGCUUAUAGAAGGACAAUGCACUCGAAUUUCCACUUCCUUAGUAGUUAGUAGUAUUGACAGGUCAGUUAAAUAGUUUUUAUUGUUUUAUGUUGGGGCUGUGAAUCAGUGUUGGUUACUUGGAUGUAUGAAGGAACUUUCAGGCUUUGUUAAUUAGGCCUAUUCCUAAAUAGAAGAAGGAUUUCUCAACACUAUAACACUUGAGUCAGAGAGUAUAACUUCCUUGCAUCAUGGUUACACAAAUUCGAGCUAGUGCUAGCUCAGAAUAAGCAAGAGCUCUAAACUAGUCUUCUUGGUGUUUGCAGAAAAUGUGAGCAACCUUAAGUUGCAAACCAUGACAUCUGAACUUGUUAUUUUCUUCAAAUGUUUUGUUGUAAACAGGGGAAUAGUAAAACAAUGGAAAUGUUACUAGAUAGAUGUUAUGUACAUUGACAACGUACCACAACUGGCAAUUAUUUUAGCAAUUUAUUGACUUGGUGUUCUAACUCUUGUUAUUAUUUUCUGUGAGGACGUACUAAACGCAUUGCAAUUCUGUUAUGCAGUUAUCCCUUUCUGCUUCGAAGCUAAUUGAUCUCGAUGUCAUGUCAAAGAGUGAUCCGAUGGCUGUAGUUUACAUGAAGAAGCGAAAUGGGACUCUUGAGGAAAUUGGUCGUACAGAGGUUAUCUUAAACGAUUUGAACCCUGUCUGGAUUGGGAAAAUAUCUGUUGCUUACCAUUUUGAGACUGUUCAGUCACUGGUAUUUCAUGUAUUCGAUGUUGAUACCACACAUCACAAUGUACCAGUGAAGACAAUCAAGUUAUCGGAUCAGGAUUUUCUUGGAGAAGCUAGCUGUGUGUUAUCAGAGAUUUUUACCAAACGUGACAAGACCUUAACUUUAAAGUUGAACAACAAAAAUAGGAAAAAUGCAGGCAUGUUAAGCGUUCAUGCAGAAGAGAGUGUCGCAUCAAGAAAUGCAGCAGAGAUUGUAUUCCGCUGUACCCAUCUGGAUAACAAAGAUUUCUUAUCUAAAAGUGAUCCUUUUUUGCGCAUAUCCAGGAAAGUUGAGACUGGAAAUGCUGUCCCAAUCUGCAAGACAGAGGUGGUUAACAACAACUUAAAUCCUAUUUGGAGGCCUGUUUAUCUUAAUACACAACAUUUUGUAAGCAAGCAAAACCCUUUGAUUGUUGAGUGUUUCGAUUUUAACAGCAAUGGAAGUCAUACUUUAAUUGGAAAACUUCAAACAUCAGUUUCAGCCUUAGAAAAUAUGCACAGAGACAAGACUGGCAUCAGCUUUGUUAAGCAACACCAUGGUCGUGAAAAGAUUCUUAAGGGUCAGCUGUAUGUAGAUGCAUUCCGUGAAAGGCAGCUGUACAGCUUUCUUGAUUAUAUUUCUAGUGGUUUUGAGCUCAACUUCAUGGUUGCUGUUGAUUUUACUGCUUCAAAUGGAAAUCCUAGAAGUCCAGAAUCUUUGCACUAUAUUGACCCCUCUGGCAGAUUGAACGCAUAUCAGCAAGCUAUAACGGAGGUUGGGGAGGUUAUACAGUUUUAUGACUCAGACAGGCGUUACUCUGCAUGGGGUUUUGGGGGAAGGACAAUGGAUGGCAGUGUCUCCCAUUGCUUUAACCUGAAUGGAAGCCCUUACCAUACCGAGGUUGAAGGAGUUGAAGGAAUUAUGACUGCUUACAAUUCUGGUCUCCAAACAGUUGCACUUUCUGGACCAACUCUAUUUGGUAAGGUAGUUCACAGAGCUGCAGAAAUCGCAGGCCAGUCCCUUGAACAGACUAAGAGCAAGUACUAUGUAUUGUUAAUUAUUACGGAUGGAGUUCUUUCAGAUCCCCAAGAAAGUAUAGAUGCUUUGGUGAGGGCGUCUGACUUGCCGUUGUCUAUCCUUAUUGUUGGAGUGGGUGCUGCUGAUUUUACACAGAUGGAGAUACUGGAUGCUGAUAAAGGGCACCGGUUGGAGAGCUCAACAGGUCGAAUAGCAACUCGGGACAUAGUUCAAUUUGUGCCAAUGCGUGAUGUUCAAGUGGGACAAAAACCCAUGGUUGAAGCGCUUUUGGAAGAAUUACCGGGGCAGUUCCUGAGUUACAUGCGUAGUAGAGACAUCAAACCACUGAAUGUCAACAUCGAAACCACGUUGCCCCAAGUACACAAUGUCAACUAUCCUGUGUAGUCUCAAAACAUAGAUGUUAGUUUGCUGGAAUUGUUAAUAGAUUGGGAACAAGUACAGUUAUGUUGGUAUAGGCUUCAGUACCUUAGUUUUCAGUACAUACAGUUACAAGUGUAUAUAACCAUUGGUGUCGGUUUUUGUGGUGGUUGAUAAUUAGGUAUUCAUUGGUUUGUUAACGAGAGGUGUCGAUCAGCUGGUGUGUUAAUUGGACGAGUUACAUGGUUUCAUUUAUUCUUAAUACGGACUACUCCAUAUC